AUGGUCCGAUGCCGCGUGAGGAACCCCAGUGAGCGUCGGCAGCAGGGGCCCAGGCAGGACCCGGGAUGUGAGCACCAGGACCAGGAGCAGGACGGGGAGCAGGGGCUGACCCAGGAGGCCGCCGAGGUCUUCGGGAGGACACCGAGGAGCUGCCAGUACAGGCGCAGGCCCGGCUCCCGGGGGAGGCUGCCCCGGAUCCACAGGUGCCUCCAGUCCUGCCAGAGGCACCGCAGGCGCUGCCGGUGCAGAUACAGGCGGCGGUGCUGCCGCUGCUACCGAGGUGCGUGCCCACCCCGCUGA